GCACUACAUAUUUUGAUGAGUCAACUAAAAAAAUCAAAUAUCCAACUGUAUUGGUCUACAAGAGCAGCAGUAGUAGAAACGCCAAUAUUAAGAAAAACAAUGCCUUUAAAGAGAUUCCGGCAGAUUUCGAGAUUUUUACAUUUUUUGCAUAAUGAAACUGCUGAUGGUAGUGACCGACUUCGAAAGGUAAGACCUAUCAUCAACCUGUGGAAUGAAAAAUUUAAAGAAAUUUACACACCCAAUGAAUAUGUCAGCAUAGACGAAUCCUUGAUGAAAUAUAAAGGACGUUUAGCAUACAAACAAUUCAAUCCGUCGAAAAGAACUCGAUUUGGAUUAAAAAUUUACAAAUUGUGCGAGGCAAGUACCGGUUUCUGUCAUGGAUUUAAAAUAUAUACCGGUCAGGACAAAAUUGAUUCAAAUGACAGUGCGUCGGAGAACGUUGUGACGGAGUUGUCAAAAUCUAUAAUAAACAAGGGAUAUACUUUGUUUCUGAACAACUGGUACUCUUCACCCGACCUAUUUUUAAAAUUACACAAGAAAAAGACAAAUGUUAUCGGGACGGUACGCAAGAAUAGGAAAAAUGUGCCAAAGGACAUUCAAAAGCGUAUUUUGAAGAAAGGAGAAUGUGUAUGUAGGUGUUGCAAUAAUUUGAUAGCUCUGAUGAGAUGGAAGGACAGGCGCGACGUGUAUAUGAUGAUAUCAACAAAGCACGAAAGUGUAGAGAGGGUUGAGCAAUCAGACAAACAAUUGCAGAAAGUAACGAAGCCUAAACGUAUCGUGGAAUAUAACAAGGGUAUGGGUGCAAUUGACCACCAAGAUCAGAUGUUAUCCUGUUUCCUAAUCAUGAGAAAAGUUAUCAAAGGAUACCGAAAGCUAUUCUUUUACAUGUCAUAUAUGGCUUUGUUCAACACCUAUAUUAUGCAUAAAAUAAUGCGCAGUCGAAAAAGCGAGAGUUAUGUUCACUACCAUGUAAACAUAGCAGAGGUAAUUUUGCAAAAUGUCCAAUUACCGGACUACAAAACGCGUAGGAAAUCUAUAUCAAUUGAACCUCUACGACUCCGAGCACAAUAUUGGGCUCAUUUCCCAAAAACUAUCGAUUCGACGCCUCGAAAGAAGCACCCAACAAGGAUUUGCGAAGUUUGUUACAAACAUAAAAUACGAAGCGAAACGAAGUGGGAAUGCGCGAAAUGUAAACUAGCAUUACAUCUGCCAGAGUGUUCUAGGAAGUUUCAUACCAUGAAGGUUUUUUAG